AUGCCCGAUAUUGAAGAACAGGUUGAGACCAAACCGGUGAUUGGUGCGGAGGCUGCAGCAGCAACAAAACAACCGGAUAACGAGCGUUCCUCAAGAAGCGCCAGUCCACCUGCUAACCGUUUGAAAUCGGUCGUCACCCGGCGUAAGGACACGAUAGAGGAAGGCGAACUGACCUCGGAUCGUUCCCGUUCAAGAUCACGUUCUCGUUCCCGUUCGCACUCCGACAUCGACAGGAGAUAUGACUCCCGCAGUAAAAGACACGAACGGCAUCGUCGUAGUCGUUCAAGGAGGCGAACACCGUCACGCUCCCGGUCUAGAUCCCGAUCCCGUUCACGUAGUAGGAGUCGGUCUCGUCGAUACGGAGGAAACCGAAGACGGCGUCGAUCUUAUUCACGUUCUCGCUCCUAUUCGCGAUCCCGGUCAAGAUCUCGUUCGCGCGAUCGACGUCGCAAUAAUCGCCGAGAUAAUGAAGCUGGAAGAUCCAGAGAUGCUAGAAAGGAAGGUCAAGAACAACGGGCAAGACCCGAACGAAAGGAGGAGGGUGACGAGUCUUUGCUUCGCAACGAAAAGCCCGCCAUCCGCAAAACGGUUGACUUGUUGACGUCGAAAACGGGUGGAGCGUACAUACCUCCGGCCAAGUUGCGUAUGAUGCAGGCGGAAAUCACAGAUAAAUCUUCGGCAGCCUACCAGCGCAUUUCGUGGGAAGCACUGAAGAAAUCAAUUCAUGGGUUUAUCAACAAGGUAAACGUAGACAACAUUGGCGUAAUUACGCGAGAGUUGUUGCGUGAAAACAUCAUCCGUGGACGCGGUUUGCUCUGCCGGUCCAUCAUCCAAGCGCAGGCCGCAUCUCCAACCUUCACGCACGUGUAUGCGGCAUUGGUCGCCAUCAUAAACUCCAAGUUCCCGAACAUAGGAGAACUGCUGUUGCAGCGCUUGGUCAUACAGUUCAAGCGUGGAUUCCGACGUAACGACAAAUCGAUCUGUCUUUCGGCAUCUCGGUUCGUAGCCCACUUGGUGAACCAGCGCGUGGCUCACGAGAUUCUUGCACUGGAAAUUUUAACGCUGCUCGUUGAAAAUCCUACCGAUGAUUCGGUGGAGGUGGCGAUCGCGUUCCUAAAGGAGGUCGGCCAAAAGCUGACGGAAGUUUCUGGCAAGGGCAUUAAUGCAAUUUUUGAAAUGCUCAAAAACAUUCUGCACGAAGGAAAGCUGGACAAGCGCGUGCAGUACAUGAUCGAGGUGGUGUUUCAAAUUCGGAAGGACGGAUUUAAAGAUCAUGCCGCUGUAGUUGAUGCGCUUGAGCUGGUGGAAGAAGAUGAUCAAUUCACGCACCUCAUCAUGCUGGAUGAAGCAACUGAUACGCAGGACAUAUUAAAUGUUUUUAAGGUGGAUCCAGAGUAUGAAGCAAACGAAGCGAAAUAUAAAGACAUUAGUCGAGAAAUCCUUGGCAGCGACGCAGAGGACGACGAUGGCGAUAAAAGUGACUCGUCCAGCGGUGAUAGCGAUUCGGAUGACGAUGAAGCCGGUAGCGAUUCGGAUGAGGGGGAUGAUGACAAGAAAAAACAGGACACUAUAAUCGAUAACACCGAGACAAAUCUAAUCGCCUUGCGACGGACCAUCUAUCUAACGAUCCACUCCAGUCUCGAUUACGAGGAAUGCGCCCACAAGCUAAUGAAGAUGGAGCUCAAACCGGGCCAGGAACAGGAACUCUGUCACAUGUUCCUCGACUGCUGUGCCGAGCAAAGGACGUACGAAAAAUUUUACGGUCUUCUUGCGCAACGGUUCUGCAUGAUCAACAAAAUCUACAUCGCACCGUUCGAGCAGAUCUUUCAAGACACGUACACAACAACGCACCGACUGGACACAAAUCGGUUGCGCAAUGUGAGCAAAUUCUUUGCCCACCUAUUGUUUACCGACUCGAUCGGGUGGGAUGUAUUGCAAUGCAUUCGACUGAACGAGGAGGACACCACCAGCUCGAGUCGCAUAUUCAUCAAGAUUCUUUUCCAAGAACUUGCCGAGUAUAUGGGACUGUUCAAGCUGAACGCUCGGCUUAAAGAUCCAACACUGCAGGAACCAUUCGCCGGCCUGUUUCCGAGAGACAACCCGAAAAACACACGUUUUGCCAUCAAUUAUUUCACCUCGAUUGGGCUCGGCGGGUUGACGGAUGAGUUGCGCGAAUUUUUAAAGCAUGCACCGAAACCAAUCGUUCAGCCAUUGCCGGCACCGGUUGCAUCGAGCGGCUCGAGUGAUUCCGAUUCCAGCAGCUCGGAUUCGGACAGCUCAUCAUCCGAUACGUCCUCUUCGUCCAGCGAUUCCAGCACCAGCAGCAGCUCUGAAUCGGAGAAAGAAUCAAACAAACGGAAGCGAAGAAAAAACAGAGAGAAGGAAAAUGCUGCGAGAAAACAGAAGAAAUCUGAGAAACAAAAACAAUCCGAUCAAAAGUCGAAGAGUAAGCGUGACGAUCGUACGGAAAAAAGAAAACAGCACAGCAAGGAAGCGGAAAAAGUUGAUGGAACACGCGAUAAAUAUGACCGGUCAAGAAAGGGUGAGAGAUACACCGGAAAACACCCGAACGAGAGUGACAGCCGUCAGCACCGGCAACGGGAACAAGAUGACGAUUACAAUCGCAGUCGGGAACAACAAUUUUCAAGACAUCAUCGCGAUGAAACGGUUCCAGACAAAAGACGCGAACGGGAUCGUGAUCGUGAUCGCCAACCGGCUCGGACACGUGAUCGUGACACCCAGCGAGAUAACGAUCGCCGAGAACGGGAUCACCGCGAUCAUCGUGGUGGCCAUGAGCGCCGUUGA